UCAAGAUGGCUGUCUGAAAUGAAUGGAUCCCCUAGGUAUACGAACAAUAUCAACUGUCUUUUAACACUAAUUAUCUUGGAUACGGCUUUAUCAAAUAGAAAGGUUAUUUAGUAUAGGGGUAUUUGUACUGUUUCAAACCAAAAUGGCAGAAUCCUGAAUAAAUUACAGAAACAAUCAAACACAUGAAAUAAAAUACAACAUCUAACGUGAAUAAUGAAAGGGACAUGGGUGAACAAUUUAAUAACUAUUAAAUAGACCUAAAAUAUGACAUCAUCUGAAUUAAUGAAAGUUGAGUUUGAGGCACCGUCAUCUAUUUUAAGUAAAUCUAGUUCUUCGAUACACAAUGCAGCUAACUCUGUAAGCCAAUCAACUCUAUCCUUUUAUGUGGAUAGGAAAGCUGGCGAUUCGGAGGUGAACGGCAAUUAUCAAAGUAUGGAGAGCGAUAAGAAUCACCUGGAGGAACGAAUGAGACAAGCCUUGCGUUUAGUACCAAACGGACUCCUGCCACAAGAAAAUCAGGCCAAGCUGCAUCAAGCCAAACCACACUCUGUUCAUUUUACUGACCAAAAUAACAUCACGAACAUCUGUGACCGUGUCUCGCCAUCUUUAUUGGAGAGAAGUCUCUCGUACUCGGCAGUCGAACAAACAAAUACUUCCGAAUUACUACACGUCGCUGAUCAAUCGACUCUUAAUCAGACUAAUCCUGACCAAUCAGAUUCAAUGAUACAAGACGAAGGAUUAGUAGAAGAGGGUGUGGAUGUAGCCAUGGCAACUGAUAUUGAAUGUUGUGUAAAUGGUGGAGAAAAUGUGGAGGGGGUGGGGAUGGACGUGGUUUCUAUGGAAACGAACAAAACAGACAAACUGGAUCCGAAAUCAUUGCAAUUAAAUUUACAUCAUGUCGGCAAAAAUGUCCACAUUUCCACGUGUGAUUCGAAGUCUGCGAAAGAAAGAUCACAAAUGUUGAAAAAAACAAAAGUGCCACCUCCCAAACAAUCGUGGUUAUUGAGAUUAUUCGAGUCGAAACUGUUUGAUAUGUCAAUUGCUAUCUCGUAUUUAUUUAAUUCUAAAGAACCAGGCGUCCAGUCUUAUUUAGGAAAUCGUUUAUUUAGUUUUAGAGAUGAAGAGAUAGAUUUAUAUUUACCACAAAUAGUCAACAUGUAUAUACAGAUGCAUGAUGUUGCUGAAGCUAUACAUCCUUAUAUUGUACAUAGAUGUAGAUACAGUAUAGAGUUCUCCAUUCACACGGCCUGGUUGCUAGGUGCAUACUCCGCAGAUGUAUUAAAACCAACGUGGAAGAACUCACAGGGAAUUAAGUUAAAAAAUCUCAUUUUAAACGAAGAAUUAAGACCGCCACCACCAAAACACUUAAAAAGUGAUUCUACUUUACCUAGUCCAACUUACACAAAGCACUUACAGUCAACAGAGAUUACAGCACCAACAUCACCUACAGGAUCGAAAAAAACACAUAUCAGGUCUCGUUCUGAUGCCACAGGUAUAUAUUUAAAACACAGUGAAAGUCAACCAGCUUUAUUAAAUGCUAUAAAUGUAAUGGGUGAUUUGACAACUGGUCGGGCGUUUGAUAAUGGUUGUACAUGUCAUAGGAGCUCAGAGGCCAUGUUUAAUAAUUUAACUGGUAGAGAAACACUGUGUUCAUGUGAGGCUCCGAGAUUGAUGCCAGAAUUAGAGUUUGUAAAAUCUUUAAUGAGUAUUGGUAUCAGAUUACAAUUACUGCCAACAAAAGAACUAAGAACAUCUAGAUUAAUAGCUGAAUUAGCGAUGUUAAAUUUAAACCUACCAGCUCGUGUUUGGUUACCUAUUUCUGAUAAAGGUAUACAUCAUAUAGUUCGUAUACCACAUACACAAGCUGUUGUCCUUAACUCAAAAGAAAAGGCACCGUAUUUAUUAUAUGUAGAAGUAUUAGAAUGUGAAAAUGCUGCUUCUAGUCAGGUACCAAGUAAAAUAUUAGAGAAUACGCUACGAUUUACACGAUCAGAAGAAGAUCUAUCAGGUCAUUAUUGUAACCGUGGUAACGGAUCACCACGAGGAGAGUUCAGUGUCUAUGGUAAUUCUACAGAUUUUGAUGAUGCUGAUUGCUGGUCUCAAGAAGAUGAUGAAAUUAUUCAGUUUGCAUUAAAAUGUCGACCUAGUGAUACAAUAUCCCAGAUGUCCACGGAGAGUUCUACCAGUGCUGAUAGUAAGGAACCUGUUUAUAUAGCAGCCGGUGAUAUACGCAGACGGCUCUCAGAAAAUAUCACCGCACCAAAAGGAAAGUUUGAGAGAGAUCCGGAUGACCCAUCAGCAGCAGCUCUUAAAGAACCCUGGGAAGAGAAAGUACGUAGAAUACGUGAAUCAUCACCAUAUGGUCACAUGCCUAACUGGAGAUUAAUGUCAGUUAUAGUGAAAUGUGGAGAUGAUCUAAGACAAGAAUUACUUGUUUAUCAAGUUUUAAAACAAUUACAGAGUAUAUGGAGACAAGAACACGUACCCCUGUGGAUAUUUCCAUAUAAGAUUAUCGUAACAUCUAACAACAGUGGUAUGAUAGAGCCAGUCCUCAACGCUAUAUCAUUACAUCAAAUCAAAAAGCACAGUAAAAUGACAUUACGUGAUUAUUUUAUACACGAGUUCGGUCCACCUACUAGUGAAGAGUUUUUAACAGCACAGAGAAACUUUGUACAGAGUUGUGCCGGUUAUUGUUUAGUGUGUUAUUUAAUGCAGGUUAAAGACAGACAUAAUGGUAACAUUUUACUGGAUGCUAACGGACAUAUUAUACAUAUUGACUUUGGUUUUAUCCUGUCAAACUCACCUGGUAAAAAUCUCGGAUUUGAAAAUUCAGCAUUUAAACUAACCCAUGAAUUUGCAGAGGUUAUGGAUGGGUUAGGAAGUGAUAUGUUUGAAUAUUUUAAAAUUCUGAUGUUACAAGGUUUAGUUGCUUCCCGUAAACAUAUGGAUAAAAUAUUACCACUAGUUGAAAUCAUGCAGACAGGUUCCCAGUUGCCAUGUUUCAGUAAGGGUGUGAGUACUAUUCGUUCACUUAAAGAAAGAUUCCACUUAAAUCUAACAGAAGAACAAUUACAGUUGUUGGUUGACAACAUGGUGGAAUCAAGUCUGCACUCCUUGACAACUAAACUUUAUGAUGGAUUUCAAUAUUAUACAAAUGGUAUAUUAUGAGACGGUCUCAUGAUUUUAUUCUGGAAUCGAGUUGUGCCCUUUGACCUAAGUUCUGACAGAAAGACAAAACAUUAUUUUUAGACAAGACACACAGAUCAAAAAAAAAACAACUUUGGAAUUAAUCAGGAAUUUAUUGUAAAAAAAAUUUAAAAAAAAAAAUUGACGAAUGUCUCUUUUUUAAACAAAUUGCGAACAAAGUGGUUAUUUCUAAUGGACUGAAUGUCUGUUUUGUGUAUAGAAAGUUUGCAGGUGGUUGAAAUCUGUGAAAGUUUAUGUUGAACAAUCAUAAAUGGUGAUAUGGAUCGACGCGGACGCGUAAGAGAGGUUUAACAUCUACGUUCAUUUCACACAGACAAAAAGAUAGCCAAUCACAGAUAAGAGAUAGGCAGCCACAGAAACGAGAUAACCAGUCACGCACCAGAGACAGGCAAUCUCAUGCAACCGCUGAAACAAGAUAGCCAAUCACGGGCAAGAGAAAGGCAAUCACAGAUAAGAGAUAGGCAGCCACAGAAACAAGAUGGCCAAUCAUGAGGCAAUCCCAGGCAGUUGCAGAAACAAGAUAGCCAAUCACACGCAAGAGAUGGGCAAUCACAGGAAAGAGAUAGCCAAUCACAGAUAAGAGAUAGCCACAGACAGGAGAAAACCAAUCACAGACGAGAUAGCCACAGACAGACAGGAGCAAGCCAAUCACAGAUCAAUCCUAUGUGUACUGACACACAGUCAUUAGAACGAGAUGUCUGCCACAGUAGUUAAGAAUUAAUGUAGUGUCAGUCUUUCCUCCAUAUUCAUAAAUUGUUUUAGAAACAUUCAUAAACAAUGCUGUAAUUUCCUGCUUUAUAGAUAACAUUACAUUAACAAACCAUUUGUUCCUGACAUCAACUAAAUAGUUACAUCAAUAUAACAUGGACUUCUGGCCAUUGCUUGUAGUGAGUGAUGGAAGACUACACUACACACAACAAUAACUAAUUGACAACUAGUUUCUCUGUAUUUUAAAUGUGAUUCCUGUUCAUCACACAUUAUGUGAAACCAAGGCAAUGUGUCUAUAUAUUUAUAUUGGUGACUGCCGUUUGUCUGUUUUGGGUAGGCACCUACACUAGGGCGGCUCAAAGCUACAAUUUGCAAUAUAAGGGCAGCUGAGGAGUGAGAUAGGACCUGUAGCGUUGCAAUAUCUCUUCCGGUUUUGAAGAUGUACUACUUCCGGUUCCAGCUUGUGUGUAUAUAUAUAUAAAUAUAGAUAUGAGUGACACAGGCCUUGUGGCAUUGCUCUACCUCUUCCGGUUUCAGCUAUUCUCAUGCAACUGCUAGUGUAUGUUUUAUAUGUAGAUAUCAACUCUACUGAGUGACAGUAAAGGCCUGGAGACAUUGCACUACCCCUACCACAUCCAGAGUUAUACUACUUUCAUUUUCAGCUCUACCUGUACAUGAAUGGGUAAACAGCUAGCUAGUGUAUAUAUAUUUAUAGAUAUCAACUGUAAUAAACCUGUGUAUAUAAACGUGUAAAUAACAAACUGUAAAUAAUGUCUCUAGAAAUAUAUCAUGUGCGAAAUAUGGUCACAAUAUUGCCAAAUUUGUAUUUUUAAUAUCUAUGUCAAAAUAUGUGAUUCUUAGAAAACAAGUCUUUUUCACGCAAACCUAAAUCUAAUAUGGAUGGCAACUAUGGUUGUCAUUAACCCUUUGAAUACUGAGUUCUGAAGGUUUCUCUGCAAGUGCACAGAGUUACUGUGAUAGUUAUUGCCUAGAUGUGUGGCUGUAAAUAAGUAUCGAGAAUUGAUCGCACGUAUUGUGGGCACUACAUUUUUUGUUGUCUUGGUUUAACGGCAAUAUUUCACCUGGUGGUGCCAGCAAAAUAUAUGUGAGGGCCGCAGCUUCUCGUAUUGUUGGAAAUCCAGACACUUGGUUUUAAAGGGUUAAGGGUUUUCGUGAAUUGGGCUCUUGGGGAUAUAGGACGAUGAUGGAAAUGUUCUGUAGAAUUUGCAUCCGACUAACACAAAUAGAGGAUUUUUACCUUUAAUACAGAAAUCCUGGAAUGAAAUUUUAAAAAAUCAAGAAAUUUGUCUAGAGAAUAUAAGGUUUUUAAUAUUUGCAUAUUUAUUGUUCACUUUGCAAUACAAAGGAAUAUUUUGGUUAGUUGGUGAGCUACUUAAAGAUUUUUCCAUCAGAGAUUGCAGUCACCCCAUUUUUAUUUUUUAAUUUAUUUGGUUGAUAUUAUGUCCAUCUUAGUGGUGUAAGCAGCGUAUUUUACUUCUAAAUUCUAUGUCCAUCUUUAAUAUUACUUAACUCCUAUUUCACUUCUGUUUAUUGUAAUUUGAUGAUUUUUAAUUGUCCAAGGAACAAUCAAGCCAAAUUUCAUGUCGAUCAUAUUUGUAUUAGCUGAGCAAUACACUUUUUUCGAAGUGUGUCGUCUCCAAGAACAAUUAUUUCCAAGGAACAAGCAUUUGCCAAGUUUUAUAUCGACUCUACUUGUAUUAGCAAAUUAUAAGUGAUAGGCUUUUUUCGAAGGAUGUCGACUUUACUUGCAUUAGCUAAGUCAUAGACUUUAUUCGAAUAAUGUCGACUUUAUUUGCAUUAGCUAAGUCAUAGACUUUUUUCGAAGAAUGUUGACUUUACUUGUAUUAACUGAAUCCUAGACUUUUUUGAAAGAAUUUCGCCGCCAAGAACAAGAUGAGUAGCAAUUAGGGCCAAGUUCCUCUUCCGACAACUUAAAAAUCCUUAUAUUAGAAUUCUGCUGGUAAUUAGUGGGUUUAAAUUCUCACGUCACAGUUUUAUGGAAUACGAUUUACUGCAUCUUACAGACAAUCUCGUUAAAACACAGAUCCUAUUUCGUUUCGUUUUAUAUAGUUCAAAAUUUCGUUUUACUUGCCUUUACUACAGUAGAAUCUGGAAGAGUUGUUAUCAUUGACGUGUUCUCAAUGGUGUUAGGGAUUGGUCAAUGAAACGGUCUGUUACGGCGAGUUCUUGGGCUUUUAAUGCACGAAACUGUGGGUAAACCACUGGAAACGUUAACGCUGAUUGAUAAAUCAAUGUGUGACGUCAUAGGGUCAAAAGCCGCUAUAACUUGUCAGAUCUUCAUCUAGUGUAGGCCAUCGAAAGUAUAAAAAAACGAAACAAAAUAUAGAUCUGUAUUUUUUUAAUCAGAUUGUCUUACUAAGCGACAUUUCAUGAUUGCUUUAUAACAAGUAGAGUAGCCUAGUUGAAGUGUCGCUCAGUAAUAAACAGUGAUUGUAUUAUUCCAUAGAAUUGUGACCAGUGUAUCUCAAUUUAAUUACUAAAUACAAUUUAAACAAUUUGGUUAAAUUCUGUCUAGAUAUCUUGUAUUUAAUAUUUUACUUUGUUCUCUAGUCAAAGGAAACAUAUUGGUAUUCUCUCCAAUUUAUGUACUGUCAAGCAAUAGAUUUAUGCGUCAAACAAUUAAUGCAACUUACCAUACAGUAAGCACUGUCUGUGUGUGUGUGUGUGUGAAAUAGCUUUAUUUAACGUCCGCUUCCAUCGAUAUGAUAUCACAGACAAAAGAAUUUCAUUUGAGUAACGCAAUUGUGUUGUAGGUUUGGUUGAACAAAUUCCUUCUUAAUCCAAAAAUUUCAGAAUCUCCUUUCUUACAAAAAGGGCCGAAUUAGCAGCUUUAUAACCCCCCGGGCAAAGCAGUGCACUGGGGCCCCUACCUACACAACCACUCACAGUAAGGGUUAGGGUUAGAGUGCACUGGGGAUCCUACCUACACAAUCACACACAGUAAGGGUAAGAGUGCACUGGGGUCCCUACCUACUCAACCACUCACAGGAAGGGUUAGGGUUAGUGUGCACUUGGGCCCCUACCUACACAACGACUCAAAGGAAGGGUUAGGGUGCAUUGGGGCCUCCUACCUACACAACCACUCACAGGAAAGGUUAGGGUGCACUGGGGUCCCUACCUACACAACCACUCACAGGAAGGGUUAGGGAGUAUUGGGGCCCCUACCUACACAACCACUCAAAAUGUAAAUGGUCGAUAAAACUAAAAUCGGUGUUUAAACAUUAAAAAUACAUCCUCCUACAGCAAGUAUUAACACAUAUAUUAGCAUAGGGGAACCCGGGACUUAGAACAAAUAUAUGGAUGUAAUUAGUUCUGUAUGAUAUGAUGAUUUAUAUUGAGCCUAAGAUAUAUUGUGUUAAGGCCACAUCAAGUUGAUUUUCUGUUUCUUCAGGAACACCUGUACAAAUUUUCGGUCUUAUUUCUUUGGGAAAAAAGCCUAAUUUAAAGCCAAAAGUACUUGGUUGUGCUGUUCAAAAGUUUUUAGUUCCAAAUUUUCAAGUUUUGAAAUUUUAAACAACAUAUCUUUCACAUGAUUUAAGUGGCUGUUUAUUUACCAAGACCUCAAAGAACAGAAAAUUGAGUUUGUGUGGCCUAAAUCUGUUUUAAGUAAACUAGUCAACUGUUAUAUAAUUAUUUAUUAUAGAUUACAUUAUAAAUAUUAUAUCUUCUACUUUUAUCUUUGAGAGGGGUUUGGUGGUCGAAUGGUUAACAUGUGCAUGUUGGAUCAUAAGGUGUCAUUGAGUCAAAUGGCGUGAUUUAGAUUCCCCGCUUGUAAGUGACGAGGAGUAGGGUCGUCUGUCCAACCUUUUGGGUUUUCUCUGUGUCCUCCCACUGCUAAAGACCCCUACGCGCAACAAAUUGAACCAUAUGUUAAUUCCGAAAUGACCUAGUUUGUGUCGUGGACGUUAAACUCCAUUUCUCUCUCUCUCUUGACAAGGAGUUGGGUCACCUGCCUUACCUCUUCAUACUGCUUAAGACUGUUAUGCAGAAGCUGAAAAAAAAAAUGUACUGUAGGUUAGUCCCAAAAUGAGUAAUUUCUCCACACCAGGUACAUGUAGAGUGACUGGUAGAUAAAAUCAUGAUGUAAAUAUAUAAAUAAAUAAGGCAGGUUAACAUGUAUAUUUCGAAGUUUACAUGUAUAUCUUAUAGUUUAUAUGUAAAGCUUGAAUUUACAUGUAAAGCUUAAAGUUUACAUGCAAAUCUCGAAGUUUACAUGUAUAUCUGGACGUUUGCAUGUGUAUCUAGAAGUUUACAUGUAUAUCUGGAAGUCUUCAUGUAUAUCUUGAAGUUUACAUGUAAAUCUUGAAGAUUACAUGUAUAUCUCGAAGUUUACAUGUAUAUCUCAAAGUUUACAUGUAUAAGUUUACAUGUAUAUCUCAAAGUUUACAUGUAUAUCUCAAAGUUUACGUGUAUAUCUCAAAGUUUACUUGUAAAUCUCGAAGUUUACUUGUAAAUCUUAAAGUUUACUUGUAAAUCUUAAAGUUUACAUGUGUAUCUCGAAGUUUACAUGUAAAUCGUGAGAGAUACAUAUGUAAACUUUGAGAUAUACAUGUAAACUUUGAGAUAUACACGUAAACUUUGAGAUAUAUGUAAAUCUCUAAGCCGGUCUUACAGAACGAAAUAUAUAGUGUUUAUUUUAUAGAUAUAAAAAAAAGUUGACAUAUUUGAGAUAUUUUUGUGAUGUUCUAGCAUGUUUUAUUUAUCAAUAAAUGUAUUUAUUUUUUAUUUUUUCUCUCUUCUAUAUAUAGUUACAUUAUAAUAUUUAUUUUACAAAUCCUAAAGGCCAUACCAAUUUGAAUUUUUGUUCUUCCAGAAUACUGCUUUAAAGAUUUUUACAAUUUGAAACUUUUAAAAAAUCAAUUUAUUCCACAGGAACAUCCCCGGUUUCACAAAACAUUCACAGACUUAAGUUAAGAAUUUACUGAAAAUUGUUCGCCUUAUUUUAACAAAAAUAUACUCCUGUAUAAAACUUCUGUUGUUUUAAUGUAACAAAUACAUCAAUAAGAAACUAUGUGUAAAUUUUUGUGUUUAUGGGUCAAAGAUAUUUCUCAUAAACAGUGAUUGAAAGUUGAGUAAAUUCUUAAGUCUGAGAAUGACUUUGUGAAACUGGGGCCUGGAAGAACUUAAAAUUAGAUUGGAUUGGCCUAAUGUUUAGGCAAUAUUAUAAUCAAUUUAUAUCCAUAACUCAAAUUAUGUCCUUACUCAUUCUCGGUAUCCCCAGUGGUAUCGUUUCAUUCUUUUCCAGUAACUCCUAGAUCCAUUCACGGAGGAGACAUAUAGUCAAAUUUUUAUGGAUCAGUCAAAAAAUUCUCGAGUGGGCUAAGGGAAGUAACUCACAUUUUGUUACAACUAAGAUCAACAAAUCAGACAUUGGUAUGUAAACUGUUUUUUGAUUGGUUCAUAGAAUUAACCUACGUGGCCAAUGAAAUCAUCAAAGACAGAUAAUUUGAAUUGGUGAAAACCCCAUGAAUGGAACCAGGGAUUAUUGGAGUAGAACGGAACGAUACCACUGGAGAUACCGAUGAUGGUCCUUACUUGGCUUAGUAUAAAAACAUAAUAUUAUAGUAAGGACCUUUUAAAGUAUCUAAAAUAAACCACACAUCUUAAAUUAGUUGGGUACCAAAAUAAUGUCUGUUUACAUUUAACCACAAUAUCUAGGGUAAAUGAGUGAUGUUAUUUUAAGGUGUUUGAUAUAACAAUGUUUAUUCUGCUAAAAUUUCUGGGCCCUUAUUCACGUAAAACUUAAACUAAGUUACAACCGAAAUUUUAAGAAAUACUGCAACUUCAUUGGAUAUAUGCAAAUUGAUUUUACUGGUCAGCCAAUCGAAUUGCAGUAUUUCUUAAAAUUUCGAUUGUAUCUUAGUUUAAGUUUUUGUGAAUAAGGGCCCAGAAUUAAUAUGUAUAUUUAACAACGAUUUCGAGUAAAACUGUUUAAACAGCUAGAAUUUCUAAAUUAAUAUGCAUAUUUUGCAAUUAGUAUGAUUACUGGAAUAAGCUUAUUUCCUCUUUGAAGACAGAAAAACUAAGAUUUUUAUUUGAACUUGAUGAAAUGACGUUUGCUUAGUAACAAGGUAAAAUAGAUUACAUCUUUUGUAGAUUCUGAAUUAAGAGAAUUUGCUCCGAUUUUGUCUAGAACAUCUAGAGAUUCUAUUAUAAAAGUGCCUCUUGUCUAUGCAAAGGUAUGAUUUCUUGUCAGAUAAAAUAGAUUUUAUUCCUUUAAACAUACAUUAUGCAAGAGCUAAAUCUGGCUAUUGCAGGUCUUUCUUUAGGCCUGAAAUGUUAUCUAAAUUAUUAGACAUUAAUUAACUUAUCCAGACCAUAAUCAAUUCUCGAUGUCAUCGCUAGCCUGCGAUAUUUAGUGGAUUGGAAUAUAUUUUGUGAAGGAUGAUUAAACGUAAAAAUGGAGAAUUAAGAUUUGUUUUUUAUCAUACCGACUUUAGUAAUGAUGUUCGAGGUUAGCCUAAAAUUCAAAAUCUAAUAACUUGGUUCAGAGUGGAGCAAUUUGACUGAAAUUUUUAGCAUAUUCUUUUUACGUUAUCUAAUUUUUAACUAUUAUAACAAGAACUGUCAACUCUUUAUCUAAGCUCCCAUAAUGCCCUUUAAUGAUUUUCUAAAAGUAGAUGGAAUUUACUUAUUGAUUUUCUAAAAGUAGAUGAAAAUUACUUAUCGAUUUUAUAACAGAAAUGGAUAAAGUUAGUUGUAGGAUAGUUUGAUGGACUCUAUUUUUUAAUUAUUAUAGCAAGAACUGUCAACUCUUUAUCUUAUCUCCAAUAAUUCCCCUUUAAGGUGUACUGUACACUUGAAUAAUGGCAUUUAGCGAUUGGAAACAACAAAACUAACAGUUAUAUUGGACAACAAUCACUGGUUUAUUAUACACAGUGCUUGAAAACGAUAAGAGAUAAGCCCUACUGUUUGAAACCUUGUAAACAAUAAGAGAUAAUAGGCCCUAUUGGUUGAAAACUUGUGCCUGUGUAUUAGAAACUUGGUGCCACGGUGCGUUAGUAAGACCUUGGCUUGCUAAUCUAGAGCUCUGAGGUGUUCCAUCCCUGCAUGGUUCCCCCUUGUCAGUCGUACAGGACGGAUGGCCUGGCAAGGGACAACAUAUGGUAGUUCAGAUAGCCCCCCAAAAACGAGGUUGUGUGUACAUAUUGGCGUGCAUAUAAAAGAACCUGAAACAGAUGGAAUUCGAUAUAAGAGUAGGUCGUAGCGCCAAUGUCCAGGCGAAAUAUCUAUCAUAGCACAUUGCAUGACGUAUGCCCAUCUUCGUUAGCUCAGUUGGAGCAGAACAGUAGGACGUUAAACCCCAAUCAUUUCAUUUCUGUAUAAUAAACCAAUGAUUUUUGCCCCAUAUAACAUAAAACAUUGAAUAAUAAUAUUAGGAAGUGAACAUAAAGUAAAUAUAAAUACUUGCUAGAAAGAAUGUGAAAUAUGAUGACGGUAUUUUUAUUUUAGCUUUAAACUGUUUUUGUGUAAAUAAUGUUUUGUUAUAAAUAAUGCUCAAGUGUCAAAUAAAAGUUAUCGAAUAUGA